AGUCACUCUCUUCAGUAUUAUACCACUGCAGUCACCUCUCCGGGGUCCGGGCUCCCGGUGUACUCUGAAGUCGGAUAUGUGGACGAUCGAGAAAUAACAAAUUAUAACAGCGACACUCGUCAGUAUCUUCCCAAGACUGAGUGGAUGAAGAAAGUGGAAGCGGAAUACUGGGAGAGAGAGACACAAAGAAACCAAUUAAUAGAGGUGGAUUCCAAACACAAUUUGCGGACAGUGAUGAGCCAAUUUAAUCAGACUAGAGGUUUUCAUAUCUACCAAUGGAUGUUCGGCUGUGAGCUGAGAGAUGACGGCAGCAUUGCGGUUUAUGAUCUGGAUGGAUAUGAUGGGAGAGAUUUCCUGUAUCUGGACACACAGAGAUGGAUCCAUAUUCCCACCAUAAAUGAGGCUCAUAUCUCAACACAGAGGUGGAACAGUCCGGAAGUCAAUGAGGGGUUGAGAAUGAAGAUUUAUCUGGAGAAUGAAUGUAUAGAUUGGCUGAAGAGAUUCCUUGAGUACGGGAGAGAAGAUCUGGAGAGGAGAGUGCGCCCAGAGGUGAAGGUGUGGGGUCAUCCUCAGCCAAAUGGUGUGACAAGACUUCAUUGUUUGGUGUACGGGUUUCUCCCCCGAGCUGUGGAUGUGACGUGGAUGAGGAAUGGGGUAGACCACCUUCCUGCCGAUGAAAUGACUCCAAUUCUCCCCCAUCCUGAUGGCACCUAUCAGAUCAGAGUCAGUGUGGAAGUGCCAACCAAGGAGGGAGACACUUACUCCUGUCAUGUGGAUCACAGCAGUCUGGAGGAGGGAAUUUUCACUUUAAAAUGGGGUGAGUAG